UAGCCUCGAGUUCUCGCGUUACCAAGGAGUCGAGGUACUGCUACCUGGUUAGUAGGUUGCCCUCACUAGUUGUGCCUCGCUUUUGCUACAGAACUGCUUUGUGGGCAUAAUAUCUGAUGGAAAGCCAUCAGGUCGCAAUGCCUCCGGACACAGAGGAGACAGAGCUGCUUCUUCUGGUUGUGACGCUUCUGUGCCACUGGACGAGGGUCGUGUCUGCCGCACAAGCCUUCAUGCACGCCACGGAUGUGCAUGAUAGUUUGCCGCAGGCUUCUGCACUUUCGCCGGUCAGUGGGCGCAGGGCGCGUGGGUCUCGCCGUUGGGUUGCCUUGGCCGCCGCCCCCACGCCGCGCCGCUUCUGGGUGUACCCGCACCGUAGCAGGGACUGGUGGUAUAACUGCGUGUGGUCAUCAUGGAACGAUGAGGAAUGGCUCAAGAACUUCCGCAUGAGCAGAGGAACGUUCCAGAGGAUCGUUGACAGCCUAGCACCAGCAUUGAGGCGCCAAGACACACGCAUGCGGGCGGCGUUGCCCGUGGAGAUGCGAGUGGGGAUGGCCAUUUGGUAUCUGGCCAGUCCCAACUCCUUCAGGGAGGUGCGGCAGCAGUUUGGAGUGGGCACCACCACCGCUUUCGAGGCUGUCCAUGAAUUCUGUGAAGCCGUGAAGAACAUCCUGUUCAAGAGGGUUGUCCGGUUUGCGGAUCCAGUGGAGAAGGUUAUGCGCGGAUUUGCCAACAUAGGCUUCCCACAGUGCGUCGGAGCAAUUGAUGGGUGCCACAUACAGAUUCUAAACCCAUCGGACGCCCCUGCGGACUACAUCAACAGGAAGAGGGUGGCCUCCAUUGUUCUUAUGGCUGUUUGCGAUGACAAAGGACGCUUCUUUGAGGUGGACAUUGGUCACCCCGGUAGAAGCCACGACGCGCACAUUUUCAGGGGUUGCCAUUUCACACAGGCCAUGGACAGGGGUGCCUUCUUCCCAGUUAACCCUGUAUUGUCCAUUCACGGCGUGGCUGUCCCACCGUUGAUUUUGGCGGAUGGCGCAUUCCCCAUGCGGAGGUGGCUUGUAAAGCCAUACCUUCAUCCACGGAACGCGAUAGAGCGCCUGUACAACAGAAGAAUGAGCAGGGCCAGAUGUGGUGUGGAGCGUGCCUUUGGGCGAUUAAAGGGGAGGUGGAAGUGCCUGUGGCACAAGUUGCCCAUAAGGGUGGAGAGGGUUAACUCCCUGGUUGCCACUUGUGUUGUUCUACACAACCUAUGCGAAGCGGAAAAUCAGGACUCUCCGGAGAGUGAAUGGCGGACUGGCCCCCUGCUAACUCAGAUGGAAGAGCAGCAGCCCAUCAUAAUUGACCAGGGUGAGGGGUCCUACUCUGAGGAUCAGCAUCUGGCAAGGGGGAAGGCUGUGAGGAAUGCCCUGGCCACCUACCUCUACUGCAACCGCCCUGUGCAGCAGUAGUCUCCUCCGUUCAUGUCUUGUACCAUUGGUGUGUGUGCUAAUGUGCAAAAAUUUUUUUUUUAUUUUCCGUAAUAAAGUUUUUCCACUGAUAAACCAAACCUACACGCCUGCGGUCUCUCAAUUCUACCACACAUCUCCCCCC